AUUUUAGAGAACUGGAAAACCCAAGAAAACAAAAUAAAACUCAAACCACCCCAUGACUAAGAAAGACUUUUAAAAAGCCGCUGUUUUUCUCUUCUAUAUCUCUGUUUUGUGUCCAAAAAUCCAACCAAAUCUCACGUAGUUAUGUUUUAAAUUUCACCUCCCUAACUCGCCAUUUCCUUCCCAUCUGUUCUCAGUUUAGAUCUCUGUCACGAUAUCUUCAUGUAACAAUAAAGAAGCCUCUCUCUCUCUCUCUCUCUCUCUCUCUCUUUUGACACCAAUUCAAGGAGCCAAAACACACUUGUCAGAACCCAAACCAAACUUCAAUCUUCCAUUGUUUUUAGGAAUUAUCCAUUGUUCGGUGAUGAAUUCCCUUCUUUAUCGACCCAGGAAAAAAAGAGAAAUUUGAAGGACAGAAAAUGAUGGCUGGUCAUCAUCGUGUUGUCAAAGUGAAGAGGGAAACCUUAGAGUCAUGCAUGACAUGCCCUCUUUGUAAUAAGCUUUUAAAGGAAGCUACAACUAUUUCCUUGUGUCUCCAUACGUUUUGUAGGAAGUGCAUAUAUGAGAAGCUCUCUGAUGAGGGGAUGGAUUGUUGUCCCGUUUGUGACAUUGAGCUCGGCUGCCUUCCAGUUGACAAACUCAGACCAGACCACAAUUUACAAGAUGUAAGGGCCAAAAUUUUCCCUUACAAAAGAAGAAAGAUAAGUGCUCCUGAAGUUAUGCCUGCAGCUUCACCUCCAGUGAAAAGAAAGGAAAGAUCACUAUCAUCAUUGGUGGUCAAUACUCCCAAAGUGCCAAUGCAGCGUGGUUUGACUGGAAGGAGAACCAAACCUACUACACGAAAAAGAAUUGCUGCUUUUCGAGGAUGUAGUUUCUCUGUUGAAGAGUCCCUUAAGAAAGAAGACUCUGCAGAAGAUCAUCCCUCAGGCUCAAGCUCACCUGAUUCCUUUCACAAAAUUAGUCAAAGUAAAAGGCAGGAUUCCAUGGCACAACCUUCUAGCGAACACAGGCCUAAUGAAGAUACAGAUGAUGUUGAAGUGAUGGAAGGCAAAGCAGACCUAUGGACACCCUUAAACUGUCUUGUUGAAGCUGCUAACAGAAAGUCAUCAAAGUUAAAUUCACAGGGAUCAACAGCUUCCAUGACUGAGCAACAUAAUGGCCCUGAUUGUUGCUCACAUGCACCUGAAGCAAAACCUAGCCCUCAAUCCCCCGCUGUUCCUGAUGGCAAAUUGAGUAUUCAUAAGUCUAAAAGUAAGGAACAUCGGAACAAUUCAGUAAUCCUGGAGGAAGAGAACGGUACAAAUUUGAUUAAAAGGCCUGUUAAGCGUAGAAGGUUGCAUGCAGAAGCACAAAAGAAAGUAGCUGCCUCCAAUAGAAUCAUGCUAGACGCAUUGGGAUCUAAGUGGAAUAGAAAAAACAAUCCAAUUUGGUUCUCGUUGGUUGCUUGUGAAGGCCAGAUAGGACAUACUUCCCUUCCACAGAUUUCUGCAUGCUACUUGAGGAUCAAGGAUGGUAAAAUGCCUGUCUCAUUCAUCCAGAAGUACCUUGUAAAGAAACUCGAUCUUUCAAGUGAAGCUGAGGUGGAGAUCAUGUGUCGAGGUCAGCCGGUCCUACCAUCAUUACAACUUCACAACUUGGUAGAUCUGUGGUUUCGAACUGCAUCAACAGCGAAAAAGGUCCCAGCAUCCGUUGGCUCAUCAGCAAAGGACUUUGUUAUGGUUCUGUCGUAUUGCCGAAAAGUCCAAGCUCCUUGAGACAUCCAUUUAAUCUGGUUUAUAUUUUUCGUGCUUCCUUUGAAUCAUUUGGAAUUCCAAUCAUCUAAACAUAUAUGUAUUCUUAGGAUGAUCAUAGUUUUAAGUAGUUUCACUUGUCAUGUAUGUUAUCAUGCAUGGUGAAUUUGUUUUUAUUUCAUUCUUGAGCAAAACCUAAAACAAGGCCAUGAAAAUAAAAUCGUUGAAUUUUUUGUGUUUUA